AUGUCAUUCUUCCAAUCAUUCCUGAAAUAUACGCCAUUGAGUCAGAACCCAACUUCAGAUGGCGCUCCCUUGCCACCCCCAGUGACGCAACCCGGUUCUUCCAACUCAAUUAAAACUAGACUUCAAAAACUAAAUCCGUUCCGCAGUCAAUCAGUAUACUUGGAAGACGACGAAAACUACGUCACAUCCGAACCAGGGAUGUUUGAGCUAUCGAGGUGGGAUAGAAUGCUCGUGUUUGCGUUAUGUUUUGCCGGUGCCCUAUGUUGUUGGCUCAUUUGUAUCUUUUUGUUCCCCGUUUUGAGUUUAAAACCACGCAAAUUCGCUUUGCUUUGGUCAUUGGGGCUGAUAUUCUUUCUCAUUAGCUUUGGUGUAUUGCAAGGAGCUCAGGCUUACUUGGUGCAUUUAUUUUCAUCAACAAGAAUCAUAUUCACCAUUGUGUUUGGUGCUAGUAUAAUAUUGACCUUGAUUAGCAGUUUGAGCUUGAAAAGUACCCUAUUGUCAAUUAUAUUUGCUGCAAUUCAAUUAGUGGCUGCGUUGUGGUAUACAGUCAGUUAUUUCCCGUUGGGUAGGCAAACUCUUAACCUUGCAGGUGGCGUCGCCAGAGGACAAGUGGAGAAUUGGAUCAAUUCUUGA